ACGACGAGUUCAACAAAUGCAUUCGGUGGACGCCCAGAGAAGAGGAAGAAGACUACGUGAAAUUCAGAGAAGGACCAAUGCAAGUGUUAUUCCGAAGCUGGGAUUAUGACAGGCGAACAAGAAAUUGUAUUGAAUGCUGUAAAUUGCGACGACAGAGGAGAAAUACUUCACGAAAUGAUGCACACUGUUGGCUUCAAUCACGAACACAAUCGCAUAGACAGAGACCAAUACAUCAAAGUGAAUUUUCUCAACAUACCAUUAGAAUGGAGGAAUCAAUACACUGCAGACGAAGAAUGGACAUUCAAUUCUUUGGGUCCUUAUGACUUUUACUCUUUGAUGCACUAUGAAAUACAGAGCCCGGAUAGAAAGAAGCCCGCUUUCACGAUACUCAAAGACAACGUGAAUGCCACUCUUGUUGGGCAAAGAAUGUUCCUUAGCGAAAUAGACAAGCAAAAAAUUCGGAGUUUGUACUGUCCUACAGUUGGGAAAGAACUGUUGAAUAGUACGUUAGAAGAAAAUUAGGAAGAUUAGAAGUAGGAAGAACAUGAGAA